AUGAGUGCCGACACCAUCUCCGAUUUUCUUGCCGAGCAGCGCGACAAGGCUCCCGAAGAGCUCCAACAUAACAUCAUCCAGUUUGAGGAUUACUGGGAACGCAAGCUUUGGCAUCAGUUAACGGACUCACUGGGCGAAUUCUUCACACAUCCUGGCAGCGCGCCUCAACGACUCGACUUCUACAAAGUAUUCAUUCUCAAGUUUGCCGACAAGAUAAAUCAGUUGAAGCUCGUGGACCUUGCUCUGAAGGCCGCCGACGAAUGCGAUGAUGACGACGAGAAGCUUGCCUUCUUGCAAGGCGUUGCAACCAAGGUAGAUCGUCCCAACUCACAAGAUGCCUUUGUGUAUGCGUCUGUGGCUGUAGCGCGGGUCAAGCUCGAUCUUGAGGAUCUUGAUGGCGCCCGAAAGGACCUCGACGCAGCGGAGAGGAUACUCGAUACCUUUGAUUCAGUCGAGACCAUUAUCCAUGCCGCCUUUUACGAUGCAAACGCCAGUUACUACCAGCGCAAAUUGGACUUUGCCGCCUACUACCGCAACGCCCUCCGCUACUUGGCCUGCAUUGAUAUCAGCUCGCUAUCCGUUAACGAACGACAUGGCCGCGCUCACCACCUGAGCAUUGCCGCUCUCCUGUCUGACAGUAUUUAUAACUUUGGCGAACUUCUGCUGCAUCCUAUUCUCGAUGCUCUUAAGGACAGCAAGAAGAAUGCUUGGCUGCGAGACCUUCUUUUCGCGUUCAACCGGGGCGAUCUUGCCGCGUUUGACGUGCUCUACGGCAAUAUCACCUCCACACCUCUUCUCAAUGAGCAUGCGGACCACCUCCGCCAAAAGAUUUAUCUCGCCUCAUUGACGGAGACCAUAUUCCGCCGGCCACCGCACGACCGCGCCAUGACUUUUGCCGACAUAGCUAGCGAGACCAAGGUGCGCCCUGACGAAAUCGAGCACCUUAUUAUGAAGGCGCUCAGCCUGGGCCUUCUCCGGGGCACAAUCGACCAGGUGGACGGGAUGGCCCACAUCACCUGGGUGCAGCCCAAGGUGCUGGACCUGAAGCAGAUUGGCAACAUGCGAGACCGUCUGCUGGAGUGGGACUCGAGCGUCAAUCAACUGGGCAACUGGAUCGAGGCAGCCGGUGGCGAUGUGUGGGCUGCAUAG